AUGUUAUCAGAAUUUUGUUCUGAGUGUGGCACAGUGCUUCCACUACCAAGUGCCGCUCCAUCGACCAUUACGUGUACUUUCUGUCGAACCCAAUGGCAUAUCAAACCCAUCCGAAAUAAACUUGUGUAUAGGUCCGAGAAAAUAUAUCAUAAACGUGUGAUGGAUGUUAAAGAAGGUGCGUUGGAAAAUCCUGUUGUGGAUAAAAUAUGUGAUAAAUGUGGUCAUGGGAAGAUGAGCUAUGCAUGUAGACAAACACGAUCUGCUGAUGAAGGACAAACAGUAUUCUACACGUGUUUGAAAUGCAAUUAUAAUAUGGUGGAAAAUGCAUAA